UAAAAAUGACUAUUUGUGACCUAUAGUCAUAAAGCAUCUGUAGUCUAGUGGUUAUGAUUUCUGCUUUACACGCAGACGGUCCCAGGUUCGAUCCCUGGUAGAUGCAUAUUUUUGCGCACCAUUUUAUUGAUAUAUCGAAAGUUGUUGCCGUCCACUACCUUUUUAAAGUAUAAUUUCAUUACACUCCUUUGUUUUUUCACAUACAGCUAUUUAUUAACAAGUGCAGUUUUUCAUCAUCCUAAUCUAAGGCUAUAUUAUUCGUUUUGGCUCAUUGACUCGGAACCGUUUAAUCGCUGACACCGUACAGUCCAGGUUAUAGGCUUUCGUAUGACAGUUUGGUAUCAUUGUAGCUAUGGUAAGUUAUUCCAGUAGCUCAAUCAAAGCUGUUCUGAAUAAUCGCUAGCAAAGGUUGCAAAACCCAUAUAAGUUGUUUGUUUACAAAUUACAUUAGAGGUACUUAUGCAUAACAGAGGCUUUUCCUACACAAGAAAUAUACCAAUAUGAGCUUCAGAAAUUUGUUUGCUUUUCAUAAAAAAACACCUCUUUAUGCAAUUGAAGAUGAAUUUGUGGAAGAAGAUGAAGAUGAGGAGAAAGCAUUUGAAUUAUCAAAAUUAAUCCUCCCGGCAAAUAAUACAUUUUCUCAGAAGUUAAACGAAAACAUAACCAUUCAGUUCACAAAAAAAUUUGAAAACAUAAAGAUCCAUCCAACUUUAAGUUCAAAAUCCCAAGAUGUCAUGAAUCAAUUUAACGAAAAUCAAAUAAAUCUUAUUUUAAAAGUUGAUGACGAAGAAACCCGUUCAAAAAACCAUGCUUUAACAAAAAAAAUUUCGAAAAAGCUAAUUAAGGACAUUUUCUCUACGAAACAAAAUCCUCAUUUGCAGUACACAGUUCAUCGAAAGGCCAAGUUUGAAAUCAAUGAUCCUAAGAAUCCCUCUUUUUCUAUGAUGAAUUUUCAAACAAUAACUUCUGUCCUUUCUUAUCGUAGCCAUAUAAGCCCAAAAGCUAUUGCUCACAUUUUUUUGGACAAGAAAGGAAGGGAAGUGUACCAGUGCUCCUGGGAAAAGUUUUCCAAUAAAGCUGAUAGAUUUGCGAAGGUUGUGAAAAAGCAAGUUGGUUUGCCGCCUGGUACGAAGGUCAUACUGUACUAUCGAAAACUUGAAUUGGCUGAAUAUCUUAUAAGCUUAUUCGGUUGCCUUCUUCUUGGUCUCAUCGUCGUUCCAGUCCAUCCUUCCUUGUCAUUACAUCAAUUAGCUUAUGUUGUGAAAAAGGAGAAAGUCAAAGUUGCUUUUACCACUGAAUCUACUUUCCGAAUUUUUGUUAAGGACUCUGAACUUGGAAACAAAGAUGAAAUAGAGUGGUGGAAAUCCACUGAUUUCAUUCAUUACAAGCUGGAAGUAAAUCCACAAUUAAAUUAUCAAGCGUCCCCUCAGGACAUCGCUCUUAUUGACUAUGUAUUCGAGUCACCCUCGCACCCUACAAGAGCUAUUUACAAGCAUCAUACUAUCAUGAAUCAAGUGAAAUGCCUCAUUUCUUCCAUAAUAACCCAUCCUGCAAGUCGACAAAAAUGCGCAUCUGUCGACUUGCAAUCUGUUGAAGAAAUAUUUUUAACCAACUUUCAACCGUAUAGUAUGCUGGGUCUCAUAAUGGGUGUCUUUAAUUCUUUAUUUUCUGGGUAUCAAACAAUUUUUUGUGAAACAGACGUGUUGAAUACACCAGGUUUGUUGGUAUACAUACUAACUAAAUAUCGGGUUAGCCGUGCGCUUUUUGAUUAUGCAAGCCUAAAGCAAACAGUGUAUAAUUACCAAGAAGACCCAAUGCCUACUUUACAUUAUAAGAAAAAUUACAUUCCGGAUCUUUCGAAUCUAAAACUCUGCAUGGUAGAGUGUACGGUUGUCGACCCAGAAUUCAAAAUGAUCGCAUCGGACAGAUGGCUAUAUCCAUUAGGUAACACGAAUCCAAAAGAGGUGAUCACUCCUAUUCUUUGUUUGCAGAAGUUUGGAGGGAUUCCAAUUUCAUUUAAAGAUUGGAUGAUCAAUUCCAACGAGCAACCUACGGAAAGGACCGAGGAUGACUUGUACCAUGAGAUACUUGUCUUGCGUGAGUCUAUUGAGAAAGGGUUGGUCGAUAUAGUUCCUUUUCUCGAUAUUAAUAAAUACUCCACAAACGAUAUACUUUGCUUGUCUCCGUUUUGGUACCCGAUUCCGGAGUCUUCUGUUGCUAUAGUUAACAAUCCAACUCAAGAAAUAUGUGAAGAAGGAAAAAUUGGUAAUUUAUGGAUUUAUUCUGAUUGUCUUCCUACCUACUUAGAAGAAGGGAAUGCUUCGCAUACCUCACAUAAAGUAAAUACCGACUUUAGUCAAUCCAGUGAUGUUUUUUUGGAUUCUGGGCUAAAAGGAUUUCUGUAUAAUAAGAAAAUCUUUAUCCUUGGUUACGAGAGUGAACAGCUUAAGCUAAGCAAGCAGGUCCUAAAAGAUGGUCUUGUAAUUAGAGAAAGCAGGACAUAUCAUUCUUUUUAUUUGAUUAAGGCAUUGAUAAAUCUUAUUUCUGGAAUUUUUGAUGGUGUUGUUAUUGAUCUACAAGUAAACGAUUAUGCUCAUCCAGUGAUAAUACUUGAGAGUCCUCUGCUAAAGCAAUCUUACGUUCAUCUUUUGAACACAAUUGAUGAUUAUUCUUUAAGAAACUCUCUGACAGAAAUUGCAGAAAGUACAUAUAACAUCAUGAAAGCUGUUUUUGGUAUAGAUGUUUUAUGCGUCUUAAUAGCCCCGUCUAAAUCGCUUCCCAGAACUCGUUGUUCUGAAAGUCAUACAAUUAGCCCUGAAAACUGUAAAAUUUCUUUUCUAUCCGGCACACUACCUGUGAGUUAUUUCAGGUUCUUUUUGAAGGCUAUACUUCCUGACGUUAUCCCUAAGGUUGCUUUUUCAAAAAACAUAUGGUGUAGAGAAUUGGAGGUUGAAAGGAUAGCCUCUCUAGAAAAUAUGAAUAAGCAGUUCAUGACUUCUCCUAAAUCAAAUCAUAUAUUGAGUAGAGCUACUGAUCAUUUGCUCAACUAUUUUACGAUUUUGGAUUUCUUUAAGAAUAGAAUAUCAAAGUCACCGGAUGGUCUCUCCUUUGCUGUUCACGACUCUAUUUUCAAACACAACGUUAACAUAAGCUGGAAAGCGUUUGAAAACAAAGUUGCCUCUCUGAUUGAGUACAUGCAAUUGACUAUCAAGACUAGACCAAACCAAUUCGCAUUAUUAUUAUAUAAUGAUCCAUAUGAAUUCGUGGUUGCCCUCUAUGGAUGCUUCUUUAUGGGGGUCUGCGCUAUUCCUUUCCAGAUUCAUGCUAUAGAUCACGUUGUAAAGGAAAUUGAAGAAAUCAUACGGUUGCGGGAUCAAUAUCGUGUUAGCUUUAUCCUGGUCGAUGAGAGCACUUAUACGAACAUAAAAUCUCGCGAUAAUUUUCAUCACUUACAACAGGUCUGUAACGAAAAACGAGUGAAAAUUCCGAAGAUGUAUAUUACAAAUGACCUACCUACAUCAAAGAGAUCAUUAAAAAAGCUAGUUUCAAAAAAGUCGAAAGAACAAUAUACCAAGGACAAGGUUGUUUUGGUAACUCUCAGUAGAUUGGCUGAUGGUUCUACUUUGUCCGUUAAUUUUUCACAUUUUGAUUUACUGAACUAUUGCCGAGAGCAAAAGGAAUUUAUUUUUGACGAUAAUGACUCUUCUCUUUUAGGUGGUAUAGAGUUUGGGUCAGGGAUUGGAUUGUUGCAUACAGCACUUUUGGGAGUAUAUACAGGUUUACCAACAGUUCUUGUGAGUGUGUCUUGCAAUCGCUACCGUGAAAAUUCCAUUCUUCAAAUAAUGCUGAAAAAUCACAUAACAAAAUCAGUCUUGCCAAUGAACUUUCUUUUAAAUAUUCUUGAGAAAACUCAAACUUGUGAGCACGAAAGUUUAAAUGAUAUGAUAAAGUGUAUAGUUGUUCCUUGUUACGAAAAGCCUAAAACUUCAAAAGUGACAGCAAUUAUUGAAAAUAUGCUUCGAUUAAAUCUUAAAAUUGAAAUGAUAAAAUUCGCUUAUUGUCACCCACUUAACCCAUUGAUUUGCUGGGGUGAUGAACAAAGCAUCAAUGAUAUGAAAGGCGAUUUUGAUACUAAUGAUUUAAAAAAAGGAUUUAUUACUUCAAAUAGCUACAACCAAAAGAAGGGGAAUACCUUAUAUGGUUUAGGGACAAAUUGCUUGCAUAACGAUAUUUGUGUGGUUCAUCCUGAAUCGAAACGUAAUUGUUAUGAAGGAGAAAUAGGAGAAGUCUGGAUUUCUGCAAGGCAUGGAUCAUAUUGCGCUUUUGAUGAACGGAAUGCCGGGUCUGAGCUGCUUAUUGAAGAAAAUUUAAAGAAGAAACAAUAUUUCAGAUCUGGAUAUUUAGGAUUCAUUCAGUCCAAAUCACUAGACUCAGAGAAUUCUGAGAAAGCCUUAAAAAUAUUAUACGUUUUGGGUGCUAUUUGGAACACAUUAGAACAAAACGGUUUGAAUCAUUUUGUCUCAGACAUUGAAGAAACUGUUGAGCAAGUCCACCCUAACAUUUGUAGUGAAGGAUGUAUGGCUUUCAAGGCAGCAGAUCACUUUACGCUGCUGGUUGAAGUCUGCAACAUGCAAAAACUCACAAGCCUUGUCCCAACUAUAGCCGCUACCGUCCUGGUGACUCACAAAAUCAUUGUUGAUAAGAUUGCGUUUGUUCCUCAAGGUGUUUUACUGCGUUGGGCUACCGGGGAAAAAAGACGAUGCGAUAUGUUGAAAAAAUGGGUUGCAUGUAGAAUAAAUAUGGCAAAGGUUUUUACGAUAAGUCAGGAAGCGUUGUCUAGUCGUUCUCAGGGAAGCAGCGAUUUCUGCUAUAACAGUGAAAGCACUAUAGCUUCUUGAAUACCGUCACCGGUUAUUGCAGAUACCGAAAAAAUACCGUAGUGUUGAGAUUUUAGUACAUCCAAAUGUAGUAGCUGAAGUUAGUAAAUAAAAAGAGGUUACAGCAUACCUGCUCAA